UGCACUUUUGCAGGAUAGUAAAAUGUAUUUUUAUGCCCAUAAGACUACUAUUAUUUUCACAUUUUCACAGGCGACCAUGUGCAAUAUGACAAAUGAAAUAAAUUUUUUCAAAAUUUAAAGUGUGUGUUAGGUUAUUUUUUAUUGUUUUUUUCUGGCAUUCUGUUAAACUAAACUUUUGUCAGCUUGUCAGCCUCCACAUGUAUAUACAUGGAGGCUAUAAUGCCAGUUUUUUUUUACAGGGGGUGUAGAUAUUUGAUUGGAAAUUUACGUGGGUUUAUGACCUUAUUUUAAUUUAUAAGAGUUUGGAAUGGACGAGUUAGUGACGUCAUCAAAAAACCUUUAAACCCUAAUAUCUCUGCAACCAUUAGUCAAAUGUACAUGAUCCUAUACAUUUUCUUGAUCAGCUUUUAAAGAUCUAUAUGAUUACGGUUGUUGUUGUUGUUCUUGCUGUUGUAAUAUUAGUCAAAUUUCAAGUAUUUUAAAAGUCAGACCAACUGGCAAAGUACUGCAUUAUUUAUAAAUACAAAGAUCUGACUUGCUUGAGAGGUACAGAACUCAUUGAAUAAUGAAAGAGAGGCAGCCCUUAAAAAUGGAAAUUAGGAUCACCUCAGAAGAAAUCAUAAAACUUCCAGGUACAGCCGAAAUAGACAACGAAACUCCAUUAACUAUCUCUGACCUUUGUCAAGCCAGAAUGUAUGUAAAAACUUGUUAUUUUUAUAAAAACAGUACUGCUACUCCAUUCUCUGUUGAUAGGAUGAUCGCAGGAUUAAAGACAACACUGAAAGAAUAUCCCGAGAUAUGUGGUAGCAUCAAAUACACAACAACAGGUGGAAUUCUACAUCAUGACAACCAUGGUGUAAAAAUUAUCAAAUCAAAAGCUAACUUUUCCUUUGCAGAAGUCGAAAACAUCAACUUCGAAGUGAAAAAAUUACCAGAAAAAGAAAUUUUUCCUUUUGAAGUUCGAGAAUUUCCUUUAAAUAAUGAUGCAUAUCUUCUCGUUGCGCAGAUCAUUUCACUGAAUGAUGAAUCAUUGAUUCUAGUGGUCAAUUAUCAUCAUUUAUUGUGUGACAGACAAGGUAUAUGUAAUUUUCUAAGUGCCUGGGCGCAUGCUACAACGCAUGGUGAUAUUGGAGUAUUUAGUAAUAUCACAAAUCGCUAUCUCUUGCAACAAAAUGUGCAUUAUGAACGUAAAAAUCAGUACAAACACUUGUUCUUGAGCAGUAUAUCUUCUCAUUUUGUGAUAACAGCAAAAACAACAAAGUUAAGACUCUAUGUGCCAUUUUCAAAACUGAAUUCCUUACAAAUGAAAUUUUCAAAAAUAUUGGGGGAUAGUGUUUAUAUAUCUAAGAACGAUGUGCUAACUGGAAUUAUAUGGAAAGCCACAGUUGCUGCAAGGAUGCAUAAAAAAUGUGAAAGUUCCAUGGCUGCAAUUGUUGUGAACUGCAGGAAAACAUUUGGUCUUCCUAAUAACUACUUUCGAAAUGGUAUUAGCUAUCUGUGUAUGCGUUUGUCAACGGCAGAAAUUUUAGAUAUGCCUAUUGAAGAAGUGUGUUUACGCUUACGCCAAAAUUAUGACUUUAUGUCGAAAAGUUAUAUCUUGGAAUUCCUGCAUAGUUUGUUUAAUCAAAUAUCACUUCCAAUUUUUCCUAGCAUAGUUCACAAUGAUAUCCUUCUUACAUCGCUGGCACACUAUUCCUUGUAUGAUUUUGAUUUUGGAUUAGGAAAAGCUAUUGGUGUCAGUACUGUUAGCAAGGGCACUCCAGGUUUCGUUACAAUUCUUCCAACUCCACAUAAAGAUGGUUUGUUUGUCGAGUUUUGCCUUGAAACAGAAGAAAUGUCGAUUUUUUUGAAAAAUGAUUAUGUAAAAGAGACAUUUACCAUUGUUUAUUAACUCCAAUGAUGCUUAUGACCAUAAGCUUUUUUUCUUAUCAUUUUGCAAUAGUUAUUAGGGAAUGUAAAGUGCCGAAAUUAUAUGGAGUUAUAUGUGGGACAAUAUUUGUGUAUGGUUUUCGUCGCGUCGUAAUGCUUUUCGUCGUGUCGUAUCUUUCUUCGUCGUGUGGUUUUCUUCGCACCGUAAUGGUUUUCGGCGUGGCGUCGUCGUGUCGUAUGUCACUUCGUGGGGUAUUUCACUUUGAGGCGGAAUUGUUAUGCUUUUUUUACACGGAAUUACUAAUUUCGUGAAGCUUUUACACAAUAUAUUUCACUUUCUUUCUAGUGGCUUUGGUUUUUCUACUGGGUAAAGCUAGCUAUUAUUUUUGUCAUUUUCUUUUAAUAAACGAUACAUUCUUAGAUUUAGCUAGCUAGCUAUACAUUUUAGGCAUGCUACACUGUAUAAUCUAUUAUCUAUUUUGUAGUUUAAAUGGAUUCUGAUGAAAAUAUCAAAAAUCAAGUAAACUAACUACAUAAACAUAAAUUAUUACAUAAAACUCUUACACAACACAUAAUAUUCCUUCAUAAUCACAAAUGUAAAACUAACUUAAAAAUAGAAUAUAAUUUUUAGCACUAAAAUAAAGGUUUUGUUUAUUUUACUGCAUUUUAUUCAUGUGACUUGGAUUUCUUGUAAGCGCUACACGAAUUUGUGUUAAAAAAGCAUGAAAAUUUUCGCUACGAAGUAAAAUACGCCACGAAGUGAAAUACGCCGCGAAGUAAAAUACGCCACGAAGUGAAAUACGCCGCGAAGUAAUAUACGCCACGAAGUGAAAUACGCCGCGACGAACACAAAUACGACUCGACGAAACGUUAAACCAUCCCACAAAGAAAGAUACGACGCGACAAAAACCACACCACGAAGAAAGAUACGACACGACGAAAAGCAUUUACGACGCGACGAAAACCAUACACGAAUAUUGUCUCAUAUAUAACUCCAUAAAAUUAGGCCUGCUGCAUUUACCCGGAUAAGCUGGGAGGGCGUUUUUUUCGCGGAAGCGUUUCAUUUUUUCAAUUUUUUAGUAAUUUCCCAGUUAGCAGUCAAAAAUAGCAAUAAUCUCAGUCUCAUGUUUCUUAAAAAUUGCAAGUGGAUUUAUUUACGGGUUUAUCAACUAGUUUUAUAUAAAAUACAGAAACUAUGUAAGUAUGUGUGUGACUUUCAGUCUGUAACAGGCUAGGUGGAUGUGUUCAUUUUCCUCUAAAAUGUAAAAUGUAGCGUUAA